AUGCUCGAGGCUCAGGUCCAGUACGCCAGCCUGUGGAAGCGUCUGGUCGAGUGCAUCAACGGGUUGGUGAAUGAGGCGAACUUCGACUGCAACCCGGGAGGUCUGUCCAUUCAGGCCAUGGACUCCAGUCACGUCGCCCUCGUGCACAUGCUGCUGCGCGACGACUGCUUUGUCAAGUACCAGUGCGAGCGCAACAUUAUCCUUGGACUCAACCUUGCCUCCCUCUCCAAGGUGCUGAAGAUCGUCGACGGCAACGACAGCCUCAGCCUGCGUCACGACGAUGACUCGGACGUGGUCACCCUCACCUCCGAGAAUCCGGAGAAGACGCGCAAGUGUGAGUACCAGCUGAAGCUGCUCGAAAUCGAGGCGGAGUCGAUGGGCAUUCCUGAGAUGGACUACCGCAGCACUGUCACACUCAACUCCGCCGAGUUCGCGAAGAUUGUGCGCGACAUGCAGGUCUUCGGCGACACUGUCACUAUCGCCAUCAGCAAGGAGGGCGUGAAGUUCAGCUCAUCGGGUGAUGUUGGGCAGGGCUACACAUUCCUUCAGGCCGCCGGCGUGUCGGACCGCAGCGCCAAGUCGGAGGUAAAAUCAGAGGUGAAGGCGGAGGCCCGGGAGGAGGACGAGCACGAGCCCAUCUCUCGCAAGUACAACAAGACGGAGGGCGGCAACUGCGCCAUUGGGGUCGAGGUGGCGAUGGAGGAGCCCAUCACGCUCUCCUUCGCGCUCCGCUUCAUGGGCAUCUUUGCAAAGGGCUCGACACUCAGCGAGCGCGUCACGCUCAAGUUUGCCAAGGACAGUCCUUGCAUGGUGGAGUACGGCAUCGACAACGUCGGUUACCUUCGCUAUUACCUGGCGCCCAAGGUGGACGAUGCGGAGUGA